UAGUAGCGCCGUCUACAGCAUGGAGAUGGAUGUUACUUUUAUUGUUAUUGCACAAAAGGACAAGAGCACGAUGCUGAAGUGGAACCUGCAUACAGCAUCUCCAACUGUCCCUCCGCUACGCUCGGAGCAUUUCAAGCCCUGUCAUGAGAAGGACUUGGCCUACUGCCUAAAUGGUGGCGAAUGCUUUGUCAUCGAGACACUCAGCGGGCCUCACAAACACUGCAAGUGUCGAGAAGGAUACCAAGGAAUCCGCUGUGACCAGUUUCUGCCCAAGACUGACUCCAUCCUGUCAGACCCAAUUGAUCACUUGGGCAUCGAGUUUAUGGAGAGCAAAGAGGUGUAUAAGAGACAGGUGCUGUCAAUCACUUCCAUCGCCAUGGCAAUUAGUCUCCUGGGAACGCUGUGCAUGGCCCUCUACUGCCGCAACAAGAGGCGCAGAGAAAAACUCCAGGCCCACCUGAAGGAGAGUCGCAGUUUGAAAAACUACACUACUAGUUCCCAUAAUGCCCUAGAAGCCAAAAUGAGGGCCUCUAACACCAACCUGCAAAUUCAUGAGUACUGCAAACGGCCAUCCCAGUCUCGCCAGGGAAACGUCUGCGAGUCCAGCUUUUCACACUGCAACAUCACGACUACGCCACCCAGAAGCUCCAGAGGCACAGUAAAACAUCACAGAAGCAGUUCCCUGUCUCACAGCCCCGACCAGAGAAUCCGGGCAGCCCAUUGGUCAGCUCCUCGCCGGACUCCACCCAUACCCAAAGGAAGAUUAAACCCAAUUGGAGUUUCCAAGUAUUCUGGCCCCGCCUACCAGCACCUUCAGGAAGUGGACUCAUCUGAGAAGGAAGCAGAAGCACAAAGAGGUGUCCAAGUGCAGGGAGAGAACCAGUGUGAUGACACCAGACAAGAUGCCUUCCUACAUAUGCAAGCUCCUGCGAUGGAGGCAUUGUCGCCAUCGCCUUGGAGCGGCUGCGUGGAGGUACGCGCACAUCUGUGUCCUCCAUCCGAGCACAACGAACCCAAUCCCACCACCCGCAGCCUGAGAAGGCCGGGACGCCGUCAAAGCCACUCCCCACCUCCCCCGUUCCGCUCCUGCUCUAUCCCCAUCAUUCCAUCUGUGCAGUGUCACCAUGACAAUGAGGUGUCUUGCAUGCAAACCACCCCAGCGACCACAACGAUGUCAGUCACCUGUGGGGCCACGCCUUGCAAGGAGGAGAACAAAGAGAAGGCAGCGCACGCCGCGUUGUUUUCAUCUUCCUGCUCGUCUGCCAUUGGACGGCAGCAGGACGAGGUGGCCCUGCUGCUUGAAGAGGCACAGGAGCAACUCAGGGCGUUGGCGCUGGCUCACAGGAAGCAGGAGGGGGGCGGAGUCUUCACCAGCACCUCAACGGUUGCGCUGGUGGAAGCCAGAGAAACUGUUUGCUUCCUGAACGUUAACGGAGGAAGUGCCGGGGCGCUGAGCUGUAACGGACCCACGCAGACCCAGCUACUCAGCCCCAGCCUAUCACACAGAGACCUGGGCCAAACCGGCCAAUGAGAGGGCGCGAUUUAGGACAUUCACUUACUGUUUUACACUGUCUGACAGACUCUGGUGUUCUGCAUCUGUGGGAUGAGAAUGAAAAUGCUGAAUUAAAAAAUAAAAAAUAAAAAUGUAAUAUCAUGGAUAAUCUGAAAAUGUGCUGAUGAUAUGCAUACUGUAUGUACACGAGCAUACAAACACUUCUCGAGUGGCCGCCUUUACACCGCCUGACAGUAUGGAAAAAGAAAAAAUAUUUACAUGCAUUUAUUUACGAAACAAGAGAAACACUUCUA